GACCUCAUAGAGGAAGAAGAAAUGAACGUAGAACAGCUUGAGAAACCUAUCACUUACGACGUAAAACAUGAGGUGGAGAAGAUUCCGGCGACGGAGAAAAGCAGUGAAGCGGCGGAGGACAAAGAGAAGGGUGUUGUCGCCGAUGCCUCCGGUGGACAGGCGGAGGGAGAAGUAAACGAGAAAAAGGUUGUAGCAAAUCCUCCAGCAUCAGAAGGAACCAUAACGAUCGGAGAGGCUCUAGAGGCGGCGGUUCUCACGGCAGGGAAUAAACCGGUGGAGUGGAGUGACGCAGCGGCCAUACAAGCGGCUGAGGUUAGAGCCACGGGAAGGACCAACAUCAUGCCCGGCGGUGUUGCCGCUUCGGCUCAAUCUGCUGCCACUCUCAAUGCUAGAGCUAACUCGGAGGACGACAAGACUACACUCGCCGUUGUUCUCACUGGAGCAAGAAGCAAGUUACCAUCAGACAAACCCGCCACGAGGAAAGACGCAGAGGGGGUGACAGGUGCAGAGAUGAGGAACGAUCCUCACCUCACUACUUACCCAACCGGCGUGGCCGCCUCUGUAGCUGCAGCUGCUCGGAUUAAUCAAGCCAAGUGAUACCCAUUCUUUUCUUUCUUGAGACUCACGUGACUAAUGGUAUCGAGUUGUCAAGUAUGUAAACUAGCUUAUUUGUAUAUAUGUUGAUGUGUAUAAUAAUAUAAGAUUUUGAAACUUCUUUUUAAUUGUACCUAGCUGAACUAGAAGUAAGCCACAUUAAUGCCAACAAGUAUCCAAGAAGAUCAGAAUGAAGUGCAUAAGUUACAAUGGUUGAAGAUUAAACUUUCUUAAGCUUUAAAUUCAGAUCUUAUUACAAAAUGUAACUCGCAUUACAAACAGAAUUACAGAACACAACAAUAUAACUCUUUGAAACAAACAAGUAAUAA